UUUGGAGAGAAAGGAAUGACCUUUGCCGUUCCCGGGUUCUGUAAUUUUCCCGCCAACCCAUUACGAGCUUUGGCGCCAAUUCACAAAGCAUCCUAUGAUCACAUCACUAGGGCAAGACGUCAUUCCUUCGCCGUAGCUAAUCCCAAUAACGCCGCAAUGGGUUCCAGACCUGCCGCCAAAAACAAAACCCUCCUCGAUAUCUUCCAACCCACCACCCCAUCCGCCAAACGCUUCAAAGCCCAGUCUUCUUCCACCCCCAAUUCCGAUGACGUCACCACCGAUCCUUCUUCUCCUCCGUCAGCCCUCACCGCCGAGCAGAAGUCACGCAUGGAAUUCCAGAAGCUGCUGGCCGGAGCCAAACGCAACCGCGCUAUCUGCUCCCGGAGACUCUCCGAUUCCAAGGCCAAAGGUGUGAAAUUGGAGGAGCUACUGGUGGAGGACACGUGGCUGACGGCGUUGCCUUCCGAGCUGAAGAAGCCCUACGCCGUCAAUCUCAGCAAGUUCGUCGAGAGCGAGAUUUCCGGUGGUGCUGUUCCGAUAUAUCCGCCGAGUCACUUGAUCUUUGAUGCUCUGAACUCCACCCCUUUUGAUCGGGUCAAGGCUGUCAUUUUGGGCCAGGACCCGUAUCAUGGGCCGGGUCAGGCUAUGGGUCUGUCCUUCUCUGUUCCACAGGGAGUGAAGGUGCCUUCAAGCUUGGUUAAUAUAUUCAAGGAGCUAAACAAAGAUGUUGGCUGUUCAAUUCCAUCUCAUGGAAAUCUUGAGAAGUGGGCUGUUCAGGGUGUUCUGUUGCUCAAUGCUGUUCUUACUGUUAGGGAUCACCAGGCUAACUCUCAUGCAAAGAAAGGGUGGGAACAAUUUACGGAUGCUGUUAUCGGAACCAUUUCAAAAAAGAAGGAAGGGGUUGUUUUUCUCCUGUGGGGAAACUCUGCACAGCAGAAAUCCAGCUUAGUAGAUGUGUCGAAGCAUCACAUUCUUAAGGCAGCACAUCCCUCUGGUUUGUCUGCACACAGAGGCUUCUUUGGCUGCAGGCAUUUUUCUCGCACGAACCAGCUUCUUGAGGAGAUGGGAAUUCCUCCAAUCGAUUGGCAACUUUGAUCUGCAAAGUCAUAUCAGCUUGGCAGCA